AUGAGUCGACCAUAUGGCCAUCAACCGUAUCCAGGCCAGCUGCAACCUGGUGCUUCUCAGCCUCCAUAUCCGACGUCAUCACCGCAACCACCGUAUCAACCGUACAGCCCAGCACCACCCCCUCGCCCGGGUGCAUCCCCUUCUCCCACUUCUGGUUCUCAAUAUCCCGGCUCUCCUCAGCCUCCAAAUUCUCAGGGUUAUCAGCAAUUGACGUACAAUCAGUCUCAACAGAACUAUGAAAGACCUCCGCCGCCCCCGCCGCCACAGCAAUACGGAGCCCCCCCCGAAUCCGCCAUAUGGACAGCCCUAUCCGCCACAGGACAGCCAUACAAUCCCUAUCCAACCCAAGGACCCCCGAGUUCCAGCGCUGGGAGCUAUGGACCACCGCAGCCAAGUGCCCCUCAUGGUGGUGGCCCUCCAGCUCGUCAGGCGAAUGCACAAGAACUCGCAUCGUACAGGCAACUGUUAAUAGGAACCAUCCAAGAGAAGCAGCUCCAGAACAUGUAUCCUCCUGAUAAGCUGGAGCGCGUGGUCAGAAAUCUGGAGGAUGCCCCUGAUAAGAUCCAGAAACUUAUGAAAGAGUGGAAUGUUCCCCAGGAGAUUGCUAUGGACGUCAUCAAACUGUCUUUGUUUGAUAUCGUUAUAUACGUGGACGACAGUGGCUCUAUCCAAUUUGAAGAAGACGGAAGCAGAUUGACUCAGUUGAGACAGAUCUUGGCUCUCAUUGCCACUGCCGCGUCUAAGUUUGACCAGGAUGGUGUCUCCAUCCGUUUCAUGAACUCCGAUGAGCGAGGAGACAAUAUUCGGAGCAAAGAAGAUGCCGAGGCGCUCGUGGCCCGGGUUCGAUUCCAAGGCCUUACACCCAUGGGAACAAGUCUAAGGAAUAAGGUUUUGGAGCCCAUGGUUAUUGGUCCCGCCAGGGCUGGUCGACUGGAGAAGCCGGUCCUUGUUAUCACUAUCACUGAUGGACAGCCUGCUGGUGAACCUCACAGCGCUGUUGCUGACGCAGUUCGUUCCGCCGUCGACGAACUGUCUCGCACACGAUAUGGUCGUGGAGCCAUCUCGUUCCAAUUUACGCAGGUCGGUACGGACUUGCGUGCGCGAGAAUUCCUCAGCAAGCUCGAUGAAGAUCCCAGCAUUGGAAAUUUCAUUGAUUGCACUUCAAAUUUCGAGGUUGAACAGGACGAGAUGUCCCGAGCAAACCCUCCGGUACAUCUCACUAGAGAGCUCUGGGUGGCCAAGGUCAUGCUUGGUGCGAUUGACUCGUCGUAUGACACCAAGGACGAAAAGUCCUCUGGACGUGCGGGCGGUGCGCCUCCUCCUCCCGGCCAGUAUGGCGGUUACAACCAAGGGGCAUAUGCUCAAAACCAGGCGGCAUAUGGAUACAACCAGGGCGGGUACCCUCCACAGCAGAGCUACGGACAACCUAAUUACGGCCAGCAAGGUUAUGGACAACCGUAUGGAGGUUACAGUCAACCGCCCUCAGGGUACGCUCCGUAUGGACAACCUCAACCGGGCGGAUAUCCGCCACAGCAACCUGGAUAUGGACAGGCGCCUCCUCCCCCGCCCAGAUAUUGA